GGGGAGAGAGUUAAUCCACAAAGCCUGCGGAACUCUCUUCCCCACCACAACACACAGCGUUCAACAACCUUUCUCUUACAAAAAAUAAAAUGUCUCCUUUCUCAAACGUUAAAUUUUUCUCUGAUUUCGUUAUCGAUGGUUUCUCUAAAGCUAUCUCAAGACGAGGAUACUCGGCGGCAUCACAAGGAGUGGUAUCGAACGGAGUAAAGGAAGCAGCAUCUGCGAGAAUUGCCGCAGUGUUGAAGAAAACAGGAGAAGAUAUGGGAGCUGCUGCUGCAACUAAAGAGUACGUUUACUGGGUUCCCGACCCAAAAACCGGAUUCUACAGACCCGAGAACUCCACCGCCGAUAUUUGCCCGGCCGAGCUCAGAGCCACGUUCUUGAGGAGGAACUAGAUAAACAUACAUACGAUUUAUAUCUGCGGCAGGGAGUUUCUCGAGGGAAGAUCCAUCCUUUCCUUCUGUUGUUUUGGUUUUUUAAUUC